AGAGGGAGUGAGGGAGAGUGAAAGUGGAGAGGCAGGCAGACGUGUUGCAACAGAUGUCUUCACCAGCAGAGGCUCGGCGGUGGCUGCACCAAGGAACUCUGGGACGGCAUUAGACCCAGACAGUGGCAGAGAGAGAGAGAGAGAGAGAGAGAGAGAGAGAGAGAGAGAGAGAGAGAGAGAGAGAGAGGGAGGGAGGGGUGGUAGGAAGUCGUUGUGCUGGAGCAGAGCAGGAAAAAGAGAGAGAGAGGAGACUUCUUCCUCCCUUUCAAACACAAACUCACUGUUUUCCUCUCCACACGCAGGAGGACGUGUCGGCCUCAGCACAAGUUUGGUGGAUUUGCUUAAAGGGAAGAGAGCAACAGUUUGCUCAGAGAUGAGUGUGUGAGCUGAGCCUUCAUCCUCCUCCUCCUCCUCCUCCUCCUCCUCCUCCUGCUCCUCCUGCUCCUGCCCCGGGUCAGAGAGGAGAACACCUGCUGACAGUGAGGAGGUCCUGACAGAGGAGACGCAGCAGCAGGACUGAACGCAGCAGAAGACGGGACACACAAAACAGGUCCCUGCUGAGCUGAACACUGUUGUUACACUCCAGAGCAUCUGUACAAGAAUUUGAGGAUCCCGGAGGAAGCAGUUGAUUGGUUGAUCUUUUAAGGAGGCUGGGAGGGGUUGAAGGCCAUGGCAGGCCGACUCCUCCUCUUCCUGUUUGUCUCGGCGACAUUCGGCCACGCUCACUUCCAGUCCAACCAGCGUCUAAAGCCCCGCCUCCAGAGAGACCGACGCAACAUCCGACCAAACAUCAUCCUGAUCCUGACGGACGACCAGGACCUGGAGCUGGGUUCGAUGCAGGCUAUGAAUAAGACUCGCCGCAUCAUGGAGGAGGGUGGGACUUCUUUCUCCAACGCUUUUGUGACCACGCCCAUGUGCUGCCCGUCACGGUCGAGCAUGCUCACAGGGAAGUACGUCCACAAUCACAACACCUACACCAACAACGAGAACUGUUCCUCGAUGUCAUGGCAACGGCAGCACGAGCCGCGGACCUUCGGGGUCUAUCUCAACAACACUGGAUAUAGGACAGCGUUCUUCGGGAAGUAUCUGAAUGAGUAUAACGGCUCGUACGUCCCCCCCGGGUGGAGGGAGUGGCUCGGCUUGGUGAAGAACAGUCGCUUCUACAACUACACACUGAGUCGCAACGGAGUCCGAGAGAAACACGGAGCGCAGUACCCCCAGGACUACCUGACCGACCUCAUCACAGCCGAGUCCGUCCGAUACUUCCGCUUCUCGAAGCGGGUCUAUCCUCACCGACCCGUUCUGAUGGUGCUGAGCCACGCAGCGCCGCACGGGCCCGAAGACUCAGCGCCACAGUACAGCACGGCCUUCCCCAACGCAUCGCAGCACAUAACUCCCAGUUAUAACUACGCUCCGAACCAAGACAAGCACUGGAUCAUGCGUUACACUGGUGCCAUGAAGCCGAUCCACAUGGAGUUCACCAACAUGCUGCAGAGGAAACGACUGCAGACGCUUCUGUCUGUGGACGACAGCAUGGAAAAGCUGUACAACAUGCUGGUGGAGACGGGUGAGUUGGAAAACACCUACAUCAUCUACACGUCGGAUCACGGCUACCACAUCGGACAGUUUGGCCUCGUCAAAGGUAAAUCCAUGCCGUACGAGUUUGACAUCAGGGUCCCGUUCUACAUCAGAGGACCGAACGUGGAGCAAGGCAGCAUUAACCCUCACAUGGUGCUGAACAUCGAUCUCGCUCCGACCAUCCUGGACAUCGCCGGCCUCGACACUCCUCCAGACAUGGACGGGAAGUCGAUACUGUCUCUACUGGACACUGACAAACCUGCCAACAGGUUUCAAGUGAACAAAAAGACGAAGGUGUGGAGAGAUUCAUUUCUGGUGGAGAGAGGGAAGUUGCUCCACCAGCGAGUGGAGGGAAAGGAAGUGACACAGGAGGAAAACUUCCUGCCCAAACACCAGCGAGUAAAAGAUCUGUGUCAGAGAGCCGAGUACCAGACGCCCUGUCAGCAGACUGGACAGAAGUGGCAGUGUGUGGAGGACGCUACGGGUAAACUACGACUCUUCAAGUGUAAGAGCGAAGGGGGAGGAGCAAAGAGCUUCCAGAGGGGUGUGACUGAUCAUCAGCGGCCAAUCAGCAUCAAGUCUCAGCUGUACCAUCGCAACUCAGAAGCUUGUGACUGUGACUUCCGUGACCUUCGACCUCUGAACCCGCGACCCUCCAUCAUGAGGCCGUUCAACAACAAACCUUUCUUCUCCAAGAAAAAGUUCAAAGCCCUGAAGAGUUACUCCAGGAACCGUUACACUCGGUCCAUAUCCAUGGUGAACAGUUACCCUGGUAACCACAGUCUGGUGGGCGGGUCAGACGAGUCUGAGGACGAGUUCAGCGGAAUGGGAGGGGCCCCUGGUGUUGUGGUCCCGCCCAACUCCAUCAAAGUCACUCACAGAUGUUUGAUUCUGUCCAACGCCUCAGUGAAGUGUGACACCGGAGUUUAUCAGUCUCUUCAGGCCUGGAAGGAUCACAAGCUGCACAUCGACCACGAGAUUGAGACCCUGCAGACGAAGAUAAAGAACCUCAGAGAGGUCAGAGGUCACCUGAAGAAGGCCCGCCUGGAGUGUGACUGUAAUAAAUACCUGUAUAAAUCCAAACUGAAGAACAAGCUGAGGUACCGCGGCGGCGGCCUUCACCCGUUCAGGAAGGGCGGGGGUCGGGACAAGAAGGCGUGGCUUCUGAAGGAGCAGAAGAGGAGGAAGAAGAUGAGGAAAAUUAUCAAGAGGAUCAAGAACAACGACACGUGUUCGAUGCCUGGACUCACGUGCUUCACACAUGACAACCAGCACUGGCACACUGCCCCCUACUGGACACUGGGUUCUUUCUGCGCAUGCACCAGCGCCAACAACAACACUUACUGGUGUCUGAGGACCAUCAACGAGACGCACAACUUCCUGUUCUGUGAGUUUGCCACCGGCUUCCUGGAGUAUUUCGACCUCAACAUAGACCCAUACCAGCUGAUCAACGCCGUCAGCUCUUUAGAUCGGACGGUUCUCAACCAGCUCCACGUUCAGCUGAUGGAACUCAGAGGCUGCAAGGGACACAAGCAGUGUAAUCCUCGCACACGCUCAGUGGAGCUGGCAGAAGGACGAGAACCUGGCAGCUUUGAUGACUACAGGGUGUUUGAGAGAAGGAAGUGGCCGAGAGUCAAGAAACCUUCAUCAUCUCGAACCCUUGGUCCGAUCUGGGACGGCUGGAAGGGUUAAGAGCCUCCUGAUUGGUUGGAGCAGGCGCCCUGGCCCCGCCUGCAGCAACCUGAAGGAGCAGGGACCUCAACCAAUCAGCUUCUGCCAUUUCUGUGACAUCGCUAGGCCCUCCCACCCUGCUGCUCAGGGAGACGCGACAACGCACCUCUUCAUCAGCUGCUGCUCCUCAUCCUGCUCAGCCCCCCCACCUCUGCUCUGAGGAGGAUGAGGAGGAUGGUAAUGAAGAGGAGGAGACGGAGAAGUAGACGAGAAAACUCAAGACAAGUCGUUAGAGGCCAAUAAAAUUGAAACAAAUAGAAAACAGAACAAACACUCCUCCUCCUCCUCCUCCUCCUCCUCCUCCUCCUCCUCCUCCACCUCUUCCUCCUAUUCCCCUUCCUCCUCUUCCUCUUCAGGGGACUUCCCAGCGGCCAUAUUUGUUUGACAUGUUCAUAUUUAGUCUCUAACAGCGUGUAAAGACGAUAAAGGACCAGUUCGUCCUGUUUUUGUUGUGAAACUCCGACGGAGACAGAAGCAGACAAACGUCCAACACUGUGACAUCACCGCCAUGUAAAUGUGAUGUCAUUUCUUCUUUUUCUUUAUUCUUCCAUUAACUUGAGCAGUGGUUACCGUGGUGACCGACUGGGACAGACAGUUGUACUAACCUCUGGUGACUGGCUACAGAUCCCAAGAUGCAACACGGCGACGAGAACAUUUUGGAGCAAGAGAAAGAACAAGGACAAAAAAAGAUUAAAGACAUUGGGAGUUCGAAAUGUCUCCUGAGCCAAUCAAAAGAGGACUACAUGAUGAUGUCACUGCAUCAAGAAGUUGUCACAGCUGUUCAGUGAAUGAAAACUCGAGGAAAUUUCUUUCACUGUCAAUCAUCACAUUUUUUAAAAUUCUUUAACUUGUGUUAACCAUCAAACAUCACCGUCCAAUCACAUCGUUCCUUCUCAGUUCAGUUGUCUUCUCGGAUUAUUAUUAUAAUAAUUAUAAUCAUUUCUUUAUUUUUAACUUUGAAUUUCUGCCGUCACCUCAAACAAACCACUGGUCAGAAAUAUCCAGAGUUAAAAAUAAAUAAUGAAAAUGUAAAAUAAAACUGUAAAAAAAUAAAAACUGGAUUCACACAAGAAGAGAAAAUAAGAUGCGAGAAUUAAAACUUAAAGUAAGACACAGAUCUGGUCAUCGGAAAUAAAGAAUAUAUAAAUGUAUAAAUACAUAAUAACGGGAUCAGAUCUGCCCCUCGGAUACUUUUACACUGUUAAAUUCCAUCUAAACAUCUGACUGCAUUUACAGAUAAAGUGUUAAUUCUACCCGUUCUUUGUUAAUGCAACUUUUUAUAAAUUUCUACAUUUCCCAGAAUGCCGUUCAGCAGGUGUAUAGAUUGUCACUGGGUGGGGGGGAGCACUUGUUGUUGCUGGUGCUUAUUUCCUGGUGUGGCAGAAAGAAGAGAAACUUUUUGGAUCAUUGAAACAAGCUCCAUCGAUUUGCAGAUUAUUGUUCUCAAAAAGAACAAAGUAAAACACGGCACAAACAAAAACGUCACCUCGUCCGACUCGGUGGUUUUUGGGUAAAUGCUGUAAAUAAAGAUGGACGACACACCUACUCCAUUUUGUACAAAAAUUAGACUAAAAUAUAUAAAGUGCAAAUAUUUUGACUUUUUAGUUUGAUCCAUGUCCCACCUACUAACAUGGAGGAGGCGGAGUUUAUGACCUAUACUUCAGCCAGCCACCAGGGGGCGAUCCAGAUGAUUUGGCUUCACUUUUGGGAGCUGUCAUGUCGUCCAUCUUUAUAUCGAUGGUUGUUUCCUCUAACGCAGCAACACAGACUUUACUGAAAGGCUGCUUGUUCAUUUGAAUGUGGUGAUUUACUUGAGUUGCUGUGGAAACAAAUUCAGGUCCCGUCUGAUGUCAAACAUCACAAGGACCUGGAGGUUAUUUCCUGUCUUCUUCUCUUUAGCUUUGCGUGGACAGCUAGCAUGGCGCGUUAGUCUAAGAUCUGUUAACGAAAGCUGCGUCUCUAUUCAGCGGCUGCAUUUGAAGACCGAUGACGUCACAGCGGCGGGACUCUAACAUUCUGAAUGCUCCUUCAACUGCCUCCUUUCAUCCCCGAAAAAUCAAAGGUUAUAACGGCAAAGUAUCAGGCUUCAAUUCAACUGAACAUUACACACGUUAAAAAACCAAGGGGCACUAAAACUUCUCAUUGCGUCCAACUUCCGCUCUGUUGCUAGGCAACAUUAAUAAGGGCGGGACGAGCUGGUGAUGCAAACCAGACGACUCAGUUCGUCCUUCGCCGUCUGAGCAGCCCACGAAGACGCCUGAUUGGUCAUGGGCUGAUUACACCACCACCUCUGGCCCCUGAACAGCUACGGUCCGCUAACUUCUCUGUAAAAGAAAAAAACUAUCUAAAUCGUACUUAUUCACAUUCUCCAAUCACAUAAAAUGUUGUCCACAAUGUCUGAAAUAUUCAAGAAGCUGAAAACAGAAGUUCACAGAUGCGUCAAAGAUCUUGGAUCUGGAAAACGCGAAGGAGUCGACCAAGUCUGUGUUGUUUUAAUUUCUUCUAUUAAUUUCCGUCAGACUAGAUACAGGAAGUGCACUGCCGCCUCCUGCUGGUCAAAAACACAAUUUGCGGGGGAAGUGAAAUCUGAUCACGUGGAGAAACGUCAGGUGUGAACUGACGGACUCACUUGUGAUUGGAUCACCAGAAACAAGUGUGAACAGGUGUGAACGGAUCCACAUUAGAGUUUUGAGUUGGUUUCGUGUUUGAGAACAAUGGUAACGUCACGGUUACAGAAUCGGUGAUUGUUGUCGGAGACGAGCGACGGUUUGUGGUGUCGAGGUCACGCUUUGGUUUCAUGUAUCUGCAAAAACAACGUUAUUGUGCGAUGCUGACGCGUCUUGUGGUUCAUUUCCUCUUCUAUUGUGUUUUGAUUUUACGUUUGAUUUUAGAGUUUCUCACCCUUCAACUGACUGAUGCCAAAAUUCCGACAAUUUGUUAUUGUUUCAUUUCAUGUUUUCUACGAUUAAAUCCCACCAGAGCUCGUUGUUGAUCCACAGGGAGAAGAAACACGACACCACACAGCCGUCAUCACAACAUUGUGUAUUUUUCUAAGUGUAAAAGUGUUUGAGCGUGACUCCUCCUUCCUGCGUGAAUGCAGCUAACCCGUCUGCUGUCUGUCUGUAGAGUUUUAUAUUCCAACCUCAGAUGUAUUUCGCUCUGCGGUGCUAUUUGCUGUCUAACAACUAUCUAGGAAAAACCUCCUGGUUGUGUUUGAAUGUAUUUGUAAAUGUUUAGGUGUGUUUUUUUUUUUUAAGAUGGGCACUCGGACCCGGGCCAAGUGAGACUGGACCGACUUGCACACACACACACACACACACACACACACACACACACUGAAGGACAAACUGCUGAGCACUUUGAUUGGAGGAUGGAGGGAUGAACGGACCAAUGGAGGUUUCAUGGUGACACUUGAUGAUGCAGCCAGUGAUACUGAUCUAACACACCUGUACAUUCACCCACUGACCUGUGGAAACAGUGAUUGGUUAUAGUUUGUGAAUAAAGUGUUGAAUGCCAAA